UGUAAAAUAGGUCAUUACGUUUUCUAAUAUUUUAUAUUUAAAUCAAAAUACAAUUUGUUAGUACAUACAACAUAAUUGUGUCAUCCUGAGAAAGAAAGACUUUCCACACACGUAGCCGCUCAUUUAUUAUGAAUUUUUUGUGCGUUUUGUCACCAACUUUAUUCUUAGUUUUCUUUGACGGAAGAUUAACGUCCGCUUAUAAUGUAUCUAAUCCGCAAGUUGGAAAACUGAUUGCUGUUGCAGCGGUCUAUAGGCAUGGAGACAGAGCACCUGUAAUUUCGUUUCCACAUGAUAAAUACUAUGAUCCAUCAUACUGGCCGAUGGGUAUGGGUCAACUAACUCAGGAUGGUAUUAAAAAACUCUACAACCUCGGUCAAUCUUUCCGACAACGUUAUCAAAAUUUUCUUAGUGACAUCUACUCCCCAAAUGAAAUAUACGUUCAUUCGUCCCAAGUUGAUCGAUGCCUAAUGUCAGCUGCGGCAAAUCUGGCAGGUCUUUAUCCACCGAAGAGCUUUCAGUUGUGGAAUCAAAACAUUCUUUGGCAACCCAUUCCUAUUCAUACAACUAAUAUAAAAGACGAUCAUAUCAUUACUGAAAAAAGACACUGCAGAAAAUCGAGAAUUAUUAUGGAACAUCUUAAAAAUCAAACAUAUCCUCCAUUGUAUCGAAAAUACUCCAAAGUGAUUGAAUACCUUUCCCUCAAAACAGGAUGGAAUCCUAUAUCUCUGUCAAAUAUAAAAACACUUAACAGUGUCAUCAAUACCUACAAAUCGUAUAACAAAUCUUUUGUGCCCGAAUGGUUGUCCAAAUUAGAGACGGGCGUUUUGGAAUAUUUUUCAGACAUCGUUUAUGGUAUACAAAGUUCCACUCCAGAGAUAGCAAGAUUACGCAUUGGUCCCUUCUUCAAUUAUAUUAUUCAAAAUUUCGAUAGCUUUCUAGACUCGCAAGCCGCACCCACACCUAAGUUUCUAGCCAUUUCUGCUCAUGGUACGAUGAUUUCUUCAACUCUUGGAGCAAUGCAAGCAAAUAGAACGAAAAUAAUAAAAUUUGGAGAUAGCGUACUUUGGGAACUAAGACAAAGAAAUAAUGGAAGUUAUUAUGUAAAUGUUGUAUAUAAAAAUGAAACUGAUUUUGUGGUAUUAAAGUUGCUAAGAUGUGAUUAUGAUUGUAAUUAUAAUAAUUUUAAGAAAAUAUUGGCAAAUAUUGUCGUAAAUAUUACUCAGUGGGAGUACGAAUGUAACAAUUGAAAAAAAAAAUAUAAAUAUUUGUCUUUUGUCAAAACAGCUUGUGUCUUCUGGCGUUUUUAAUAAAUAUUAAGACCAUUAAGAUAA